CCCAUAGUGGGAAGGAUGACGUGGAGUCACUUUUGGUUGUGUUUCCUGGCCCUGUCCUUUACAAACAUCGCCAAUGUCCAAGCAAGACAGGCUCUCAACCAUGUCAACAGCAUCUGCAGCACCUGGGGCCGGCACCACUUCAAGACGUUUGACGGGGACGUGUACCAGUUCCCCGGCUUGUGUGGAUACAACCUGGUGUCCGACUGCCACGAGAUGUACAGAGAAUUCUCGGUGCACAUCCAGAAGAGCCUGGUAGACGGCCACCCCACGGUCAACGAGCUGGUUGUCACCAUCAACGACCUUGUGUUCCAUCUGACUAAGAGGGCUGUCUCAUUGAACGGUGAUCUUAUCAACUUGCCGUACUUAAAUGCGGGGAUUCAACUGGAACGGAAUGCGGUUUACACCAAGCUCCAGGCCAAGGUCGGCCUGGUUGUAAUGUGGAAUGGUGAUGAUGCUGUGAUGGUGGAGCUGGAUUCUGAUUAUCAUAACCGCACUUGUGGCCUUUGUGGGGACUUCAAUGGCGUUCCAGUCUACAAUGAAUUCAUUCACCACAAUCGCAAAAUCCACCCCAUUGAGUUUGGCAAUGGACAGAGAGUCCAUCGACCGAACGAUGAGUGUGAGGACCCCUACGAGGAGGAAGAGCUGGAGCUGGACGCCCAGGACCUAGAAUACCCGGAACUAGAAGACCAGGCGGUUGAGGUCCCCUGCAAGGAAUUUCGCCCAACAUGCGAAAAGGUGAUCCACUCUGAAGCCUGGAGCUCUUGUGCAUCGCUGGUGGACCCGGCCCCAUACACCCAGGCCUGUGUGCAGGACAUGUGUGGUUGUGGCAAUAGCACCAAUGACUUCUGCGUCUGCAGCACACUGGCAGAGUUCUCCCGCCAGUGUUCCCAUGCCGGGGGUCAGCCGCCCAGCUGGAGGACGCCCCAGUUCUGCGCUAAGAUGUGCCCCUUCAACAUGGUGUAUGAAGAGAGUGGCUCUCCAUGCAUGGCUAGCUGCACGGUCUCAGACAUCAGCUCGCUCUGUGAGGACCACAAAAUGGAUGGCUGCUUUUGUCCUGCGGGAACGGUGUGGGACAACAUUUCACAGAGAGGUUGUGUCAGCCAGACUGAAUGCCAGUGUAAACACGAUAAAAUCUACAACUCCGGGGAAGUUUACCGACAGGAUAGUGAAGAAUGUUUAUGCUAUCAGGGAAGAUGGGACUGUAAGAGUCUUCCCAGUCCGGCUACUUGCGCAGUGGAAGAGGGUUCCCAUGUGACUACUUUUGAUGGGAAAGCCUACAUUUUCCAUGGGGAUUGCCACUACGUACUGGCUAAGAUCGAAAGCAAGGAUGAUACCAGCCCCAAGUUCACCAUCUUCGUCCAGCUGGUCCCAUGUGUGAACCAGGAGUUUGACACUUGUCUGAAGAGUGUGAAGGUCCUACUGAACAAUGACAGAAACAACAUGCUAGCGUUCUCUGCAGAUGGAAAAGUGAGGCACAACAUGCAGAUCAUCAGCUUGCCAUACAACACAGGCGACAUCAACAUAUUCCGGGCAUCGUCGUUCCACAUCCUGCUCCAGACCAGGUUUGGGUUACAGAUUCAGGUCCAGCAUGUUCCGGUCCUGCAAGUCUAUGUGACCCUUGAACAGAGAUACAAAACAAAGACAAGAGGUUUAUGUGGAAACUAUAACAUGGUGCUGUCCGAUGAUAUGAAGACACCUCAAGGGAUUGUGGAAGGCACUGCAUCCUCUUUUGGGAAUUCCUGGAAGUCUAGCCCUACCUGCCCGGAGAGAGAUGAACGUCUGGAAAGCCCCUGUUCCGUCAGUGUGGAGAACGAGCGAUAUGCUGAACAUUGGUGCUCGAUGUUAACACGUCCAGACGGCCCAUUUACAAACUGUCAUGCAAUGGUCGAUCCAGAACUGUACCACAAGAGAUGCAUCUACGCCACAUGUAACUGUGAGAAAACCGAAGACUGCAUGUGUGCCGUUUUCUCCUCCUACGCACGAGCUUGUGCUUCGAAAGGAGUUUUCCUGAGCGAUUGGAGGGUGAACGUCUGUGAUAAAUACACAAGGGGCUGCCCGGAAAGCCAAAGCUUCUCUUACAAGCUGCAGCGCUGCCAGUGGACAUGCAGGCAGCUGAGCUCAGAGCAGCAGAGCUGCACCUCUGACUUCCUGCCCGUGGACGGCUGCUCCUGCCCUGAGGGGACGUAUCAGGAGGAACACGGUGCCUGUGUGCCCAUGAACAAAUGCCCCUGCUAUCACAAUGGAGUCCACAUAAAGCCAGGCAAAUCAAUAAGCAUCAAAGAGCAACACUGUUUGUGCUCCAAUGGCAAGCUUCACUGUCGUACUUGGAAGACAUCAUCACAAGCCUGUCCGACUCCAAAAGUCUACCUUAACUGUUCGAGCACAGACGUCCGAGAUCUGGGCGUGCAGUGUGCUCGGACAUGUAGAAACACAGAGAGUGAUAGUUGUUACUCAACAGAAUGUGAAUCCGGCUGUCAAUGCCCCAGUGGUCUCCUUGAUGAUGGCAAGGGCUCCUGUGUGAAGGAACAUGAAUGUCCAUGCGAACAUGAUCGCACCCUCUACGCUUCUGGCUCUGAAAUCAAAGAUCAGUGCAACACCUGUACAUGUCGAAAGGGGAACUGGGAGUGUACGGAGAAGAAAUGCCAAGGGACUUGCAUCAUUUAUGGUAGUGGUCAUUACAGAACCUUUGAUCAGAGAACAUAUGGCUUUCAGGGGCAAUGCGCCUACGUGGCCAUCCAGAACACAUGUGGCAACAAAUCGGUAGAGGACAUCUUCCGGGUUAUUACAGAAAAUAUACCAUGUGGAACUACUGGCACCACCUGCUCCAAAUCUGUCAGGAUUCAGCUGGGGAAUAAAGAAAUUAAAUUAGCAAAGGGAAAUUACGAAAUAUUGGAUCUGGCGAUGGGCUCUGAGAUCAAGUACACAAUCAGACCUGUUGGGAUGUAUCUGGCUGUAGAAGCUUCACUCGGGAUCACAGUUCUAUGGGACCGCAAAACCACCAUCCGGAUCCUUCUGGAACCACAGCACAGUGCGGGGGUUUGCGGUCUUUGUGGAGACUUUAAUGGAGAUGUCCAGAAUGACUUCACUACCCAGAGUCAGAUGCUAGUGAGCAGCCCCCUUGAGUUUGCAAACAGCUGGAAGGCUUUAAGCUCUUGCCUGGAUGCCGAAGCAAGCGCUGAUUCUUGUGUGCUGCAGCCCCAUCGCCACAACUGGGCCCAGAUACAGUGUAGCAUUAUAAAGAGCGUCACCUUCCACGACUGCCACAAAAAGGUGAAUCCUAUUCCGUUUUAUGAAAACUGUGUAAAAGACUCGUGCGCCUGCGACAGUGGAGGAGACUGCGAGUGCUUCUGCACAGCAGUUGCAGCCUACGCCCAGGCUUGUAAUGAAGUCAGUGUGUGCGUUGCCUGGAGAACCCCGGAAAUAUGCCCCGUAUUUUGUGACUACUACAAUGAAGGGGAAUUAUGUGAGUGGCACUACAAGCCUUGCCAUGAACCUUGUUACGAGACCUGCCGGAAUCCACACGGAUGCAACAAUUCAAUACCAAACCUGGAAGGCUGUUACCCUGUGUGCCCAGAAGAUAAGCCCAUAUUUGAUGAAGAUAAAGGAAUAUGUGUCGAGAGCUGUGAUGGAUGCAUUUACAAUGGAACAUAUUACAAUGACAAUGAUGUCAUUUACAAUGUGACGGACAAUUUAGGAAUGUGCUAUUAUGCUAUUUGCAAAAAUGGAAAAGUGAUAGAGACAAAUGAUCCCUGUCCAACUCCCGAACCAAUAAUAUCCACAACAACAACAGCAUUCAUUACCUCAACUACAACACCAACAUCAUCACCAGCAACCACACCUAGACCAACUACACCCUUAGUCACAACAUCAGCUACUACACCUCAAACAACUACGACAAGUAGUUCAACGACUGAACCAACUACACCUGAAGUAACAACUAGAGAGACAAGUCCACCUGUUUCAACAACUACUACUCCACCUACUCCAACGGUCAUCUCAACGACUACAUCCACUACAACACCCACUGUACCUCCCAGUACAACUGUUGCAACAUCAACCCCCGUUAUCACUUCACCUACUACACCUCUAACUACAAGAGGUACCACGACUGAACCCACCACUACUCCAACUGUCAUCUCAACAACUACAUCUACAACAACUGCACCACCAAGUACACCUGUUGUAACACCCACCCCUGUUGUCACAACAACUACGACUCCCACACAAGAAACAACCUCAGUUACGACAACUCCAUCCACCACAACUGAAGGAACAACCGGAAUCCCCUCAACGACCCCCUGCGAGGAAGAGUGUGAAUGGACAAAGUGGUUUGAUGUGGACAGCAGUACGGACGGCAGUGACUGGGAAACGUACGAGAACAUUACAAACAGUGGAGAGAAGAUAUGUCUAAAACCAAGGAACAUUACAUGCAGAUCGACAAAGGCUCCUGAUAAAAGCUUUGAUGACUUUGUCAAGGAAACGGGACAAAAUGUCUCUUGUGAUAUCGACUAUGGUUUGAUAUGCAAAAAGAAGGAUCAGGAUAGCCGACCCUACAAGUGCUUUAACUACCAGAUCAAGGUGGAAUGUUGUGUGCCAUGCACAUCACCUACUACACCUCAAUCGACAAGUAGUACCACGACUGAACCAACCACUACUCCAACAACGACAUCUACAACAACUAGUCCACCAAGUACACCUGUUGUAACACCAACCACUGUUGUCACGACAUCAACUACUACACCUCAAACAACUACGACAAGUAGUUCCACAUCUGAACCAACUGGACCCACAGUAACAACUACAGAGACCACAAGUCCAACUGUUUCAACUACUACUCAACCUACUCCAACGGUCAUCUCAACGACUACAUCCACUACAACACCCACUGUACCUCCCAGUACAACUGUUGUAACAUCAACCCCCGUUAUCACUUCACCUACUACACCUCUAACUACAAGAGACCACAAGUCCAACUGUUUCAAGAACUACUCAACCUACUCCAACUUUAACUUCAACGACUACAUCCACUACAACACCCACUGCACCACCCAGUACACCUGUUGUAACAACAACCCCUGUUGUCAUGACAUCAACUACUACACCUCAAACUACAAGAAGUACCGCGACGAAACCAACCACUACUCCAACUGUCAUCUCAACAACUACAUCUACAACAACUGCUCCAUCAAGUACACCUGUUGUAACACCAACCCCUGUUGUCAUGACAUCACCUACUACACCUCAAACUACAAGAAGUACCGCGACGAAACCAACCACUACUCCAACUGUCAUCUCAACCACUACAUCGAAAACAAUUGCACCAACAAGAACAACCGGAAUCCCCUCAACGACCCCCUGCGAGGAAGAUACACCUGUUGUAACACCAACCCCUGUUGUCCCAACAUCACCUACUACACCUCAAACUACAAGAAGUACCGCGACGAAACCAACCACUACUCCAACUGUCAUCUCAACAACUACAUCUACAACAACUGCUCCACCAAGUACACCUGUUGUAACACCAACCCCUGUUGUCAUGACAUCAACUACCACACCUCAAACUACAAGAAGUACCGCGACGAAACCAACCACUACUCCAACUGUCAUCUCAACCACUACAUCGACAACAAUUGCACCAACAAUAACAACUACAGAGACCACAAGUCCAACUGUUUCAAGAACUACUCAACCUACUCCAACGGUCAUCUCAACGACUACAUCCACUACAACCCCCACUGCACCACCCAGUACAACUGUUGUAACAUCAACACCCGUUAUCACUUCACCUACUACACCUCUAACUACAAGAAUAACAACUACGGAGACAACAAGCCCACCUGUUUCAACAACUACUCCACCUACUCCAACGGUCAUCUCAACGACUACAUCCACUACAACACCCGCUGUACCUCCCAGUACAACUGUUGCAACAUCAACCCCCGUUAUCACUUCACCUACUACACCACUAACUACAAGAGUAACAACUACGGAGACAACAAGCCCACCUGUUUCAACAACUACUCCACCUACUCCAACGGUCAUCUCAACGACUACAUCCACUACAACACCCGCUGUACCUCCCAGUACAACUGUUGCAACAUCAACCCCCGUUAUCACUUCACCUACUACACCUCUAACUACAAGAGUAACAACUACAGAGACCACAAGUCCAACUGUUUCAACAACUACUCAACCUACUCCAACGGUCAUCUCAACGACUACAUCCACUACAACCCCCACUGCACCACCCAGUACAACUGUUGUAACAUCAACCCCCGUUAUCACUUCACCUACUACACCUCUAACUACAAGAGAAACAUCUACAGAGACAACAAGUCCACCUGUUUCAACAACUACUCCACCUAUUCCAUCUGUCAUCUCAACAACUACAUCUACAACAACACCCACUGUACCACCCAGUACAACUGUUGUAACAUCAACGCCCGUUUUCACAUCACCUACUGCACCUCAAACAACUACGACAAGGAUACAACUGUAGAAACACUGACCCCUGUUACCACGGUGACUAAACCACACCAUUCAACAACAACGCCAAUUACUACGUCAUCAACAACAUACGAGUCAAUUGCUACUGGCAUUGUAACAACUACCACCGGUCCAACUACGGAGCGGGUUGUAAUCCCUACUGCCUCAAGUACUACUGAAACAACAUACACCGUUCUCCUCAGUACCACCACUGUAAACAUCCCAACUACAACUACAGGAUGUGUCUGUAUUGUUGAUGGCAAGCAUUAUAAACCUGGUGAGACAAUAUACGACAGGAAAGAUAUUGGAUCAGGGAUUUGUCUCAGCAUGAUAUGUUCGGCUAUUUGCGAACUUCGAAACCGAACAGAACCUUGCAACUCUACACCCUCAUCAACACCUUCCCCUCCACCAAUGCCACCUCUGCCCACCUGCCCCGAGUGGGAUGUAACGCAAAACGAGACAUUUGUGCUGUGUGAUUGCAUAAUGGCCAAAUGCAUUGAGAACACAACGAUUGAAAUAGUACCAUAUGUAUGCCCCCCACUGGAAGAAAUCUCCUGUGCCAGUGGAAAGAAACCAGUUCUUAUAGACGAUGAAUACGGAUGCUGCAAGUAUUACACAUGCCCAUGUGAAUGUGAAGGCUGGGGAGACCCACAUUACAUUACGUUUGAUGGCGUCUUCUACAGUUAUCAAGGAAACUGCACAUAUGUCUUAAUGGAAGAGAUCACACCAAAGCAUAAUUUGAAGGUUAUUGUAGACAAUGUGUACUGUGAGCCCACCGAAGACGUUUCUUGUCCUCGCUCAAUUAUCGUGUCGUAUCGCUCACAAGUAAUCACUCUCAAGAAUCAUAACCUUAUGGGAGCAGCCAAGAUGGAGGUUCUCAGUAGCGGAGUGACUGUAAAAGUGCCUUAUUACCAUCAAGGGAUAAAGGUACUAAGCACUGGAAUGUCCUUGAUCUUGGAGAUCCCUACUCUGCAAGUGGUCAUCACAUUUGGAAUUACAGGAUUUAGUAUAAGCCUGCCACCUCGGGAAUUCGUCAACAACACAAAGGGGCAUUGUGGAACAUGCAACAACAACAAGGCUGAUGAUUGUAUGUUGCCUGGAGGCCAGCUGAUACAGAAUUGUGAAGUGAUGGCUGACUUCUAUCUUGUGGAAGACUUGUACAAGCCAUCCUGCCAUGCUCCAUCCGUAAUACCAACCGAUUCGCCCUUACCCCCACUGCCAGUAACCACAUGCAAACCAGACUCAAUAUGUGGAGUUCUUCUGGGCAGUCUAUUCGAAGCAUGCCAUGCCAUUGUCUCACCGGACAAAUUCUACCAGGGUUGCAUCUUCGAUAGCUGCCAUGUCGCCAACCCAGUGGUGCAGUGCACCAGCUUGCAGGUGUACGCUGCCGCCUGUGCACAGGCCGGGGUCUGCCUGUACUGGAGGAAUCACACCGCUCUGUGUCCCAGUAACUGCCCAGCAGAUAAAGUCUAUAAACCAUGUGGUCCUGCAGAGCAGCAAACCUGUGAAGACAAACCUGGCGAAAAUCCAAUGAACUUUACCACUGAGGGGUGCUUUUGUCCUGAUGGCAUGAAGCUCUUCAACAAGGAGUCAAACAUAUGUGUUGAUAAAUGUGGAUGUUUGGAUUCAGAGGGCGUUCCCCGCGAGUUUAAUGAGAUAUUUGAUCAAAACUGCCAAACUUGCAUCUGCGAGGAAUCCACCAAGUCUGUGACAUGCAAGCCCAAAGACUGCCCUGCAAUUCCAGCGGGAAGCUGCACCAAACCAGGGUUCAUACUGGUGAAUCAAACCCAUCCAGCAGACAAAUGUUGUCUUCACUAUGUUUGCCAAUGUGACAGCAGCACUUGUCCAGUUGUCGACCUGAGCUGCGAUGUUGGAUACAUACCAGAAGUCUCUGUGCCAACGGGACAUUGUUGCCCUGUGCGCCAUUGCUUGCCUAAAGCAGUUUGUCUGCACAAAGGAAUGGAAUACCAGGUCGGUUCCCCAGUCCCAGUCGUCAAGUGUCAGAACUGCACUUGUUCCAGGCAGGUGAUAGAAGCUUCAGGUCUGCGAGAGAUAACCUGUACGAUGCUGGCAUGUGACCAGAACUGUGGUCUGGGAUACAAGUACGUUUCAGACAAGAGCCUUGAGGAGUGUUGUGGGAGGUGCCUGCAGACCCACUGUGUUGUCGACAGAAACAUAACACAGGAGCUGCUUAAGGAAGGAGAAACGUGGUUCCCACCAGGGAACAUGUGUGAGUCUUAUACUUGUGUGAAGAUUGGAGAGACGCUCACAACAAUCAUGUCCAACACGGUGUGUCCGCACUUCCAGCAGAGCAACUGUUACCCUGAUACAGUUCAGACGGCUGCAAAUGGCUGCUGUAAGAUCUGCGUGGAGAUGGACAAGGGGUGUAAGCGGGGCUCUAUGAGACAGCGGAUCACGCACAACGGGUGCCAGGCCCGGGAGGACGUUGACAUGCCCUAUUGUGAGGGGUCCUGCAACACCUUCGCCAGGUACGAGGAAAUGGCAGCCGGUUUGGAGCACACGUGCGCGUGCUGCCGGGAGUCGCGCUUCAGCAACCGCACGGUGGAGCUGGAGUGUCUGAACGGAGACCUGGUGCCGUACACCUACGUCCACGUGGAGGAGUGCAGCUGCGGAAACACCAACUGCAACCGGGCGGCCCGGCUGCCAGCUCGCAAGAGACGGGCCAACAUAGGAGUUUAAAUGUUGGACACGACCCAAAAGACGCCCACCGUUACGCUCAGGCUAUGCUAAAACCUUUUUUGAUGUUUUUAUUUGAAAGCGAAUCAUUUUAAUGUUUGUCAAAAAAUGUCUGAUGCAAAUUAAUAAAUUAACAAUGCAACUUC